AUGAAGAACUUCGCUCCCGCUCUGGCUUUCGCCAGCAUCAUUUCCUUGGUCAACGCCCAUGGCUUCGUCACUAGUCCGGAAGCUCGCCAGCCCGGUACCGCAAUGGGAGCCGCCUGUGGCCAACAAGUCCAGUCCAACCAAGACUCCGACAAGUACGGUAACAUCCAAGGCGAGCUGCAAGUUGCCUCCAGCCAGAAUGAUUACAAGGCCGCCGAGUGUGAUAUCUGGCUUUGCAAGGGCUACAAGUUCGCGGACAACAAGGAUAACGUCCAGUCUUACAAGGCAGGACAGAAGGUCCCCUUCAAAGUCGACAUCCGCGCCCCCCACACCGGUGUCGCCAACGUCUCCGUCGUCGCCACUUCCUCCAACAAGGUCAUUGGCGCUCCGCUGAUCUCCUGGGAUGUCUAUGCAUCCACCGCCACCGGCGUCAAGCCCGAUGAGACCGACUUCAGCGUCACCAUCCCCGAUGAUCUCGGAAGCCAGUGUGCUACCGCCGGUGACUGUGUGUUGCAGUGGUACUGGUACGCCGAAUCCAUCGACCAGACCUACGAGUCGUGUGUCGACUUCACUGUCGGUGGAUCUGGCUCGGCUCCCGCUGCGUCGUCGGCCUCCUCGGCCUCCUCGACCUCCAGCGCUACGGAGAUCGCUGUGACUACCACCCCAUCUGGCGCAGUUCAAACUCCCACCGCUGCUGCUCAGCCUACCACUUUCGCCACCACUGCUCGUGCAUCGGCUACUUCUGCCGCAGCGCAAGUCCCUACCUCCAGCGCCGAGCCCUCCGCUAGCGCAUCAGGCCUGCCUUUCUCCACUAGCAAUGCUUCAGAUGUCCUAUCCUGGUUCGAGGCCUUGCUCGGCAACCUGGUGGGUAACUAA